CCGAUUACGCAUUUAUGCAAGUUGCCAACCAACGCCAACGCUCGCCACUGUCGCCUCACUCACCGCUCCCCACAUAUAUCCUCUCGCUCCGCCGCUCCAACCAAUUUCCACGCCGAGAGCAGAGAGAAACAGGGAGGGAGGGAGGGAGCCGCUGGCAUGAACUGCAUCAAGAUUCUCGUACUGCUCUCCCUCAUCCCUCUCGCGCUGAGGGGAGCGUCGCUCCUCGUCGUCCCGUCACCCUCCUCCGUCGACCCCGCGUCACGCGCCGGCGUCCUGGCUCCGGUGCAGGCGGAGCAGUGGAGGCAGCAGCGGAGGAGGACAGUGGGUCGUCAGACUCGGGGCGGCCGCGCCACUACCAUCGCCCCCUUCGCCCCGCGGCGGUUCGGCGGCUUCUUCCAGGAAGACAAGAGGUUCGCGCCCACGGGGUCGAACCCGCUGCACAACCUGUGAUCGGCGGCCGGUGGGCUUGACUGCUUCAGCCUCCCUGUCUUUGCAAAGUCUACCGUAUUCGUGCAGUGUAAUUUUCCUCUUGUACAUAUGUGCGCUCUAUCGAAUCAGCUAUUGAUUUUUGCACUGAUAUAAA